GUCAGGAAAAUUAUGAAACAGAGGCAAGACAAGAGAGAGAGAGGGAGCAAGUGGAAAACAGAACAGAAGAGAGAGAGAAGUGUGAAGAGGAAGAAGAGUGAAACAGAGUAGGGUUCGAUAGACCGUGGAAUCUCAGAAUCACACUCUUUGCUAAGUUUCUUUUGAAGGGUUUUAAUUUUUUUCUUUUUCCAUAAAAUCUUUGGUUCUCUAGGGCUUUGCUUGCUCUUCCUCGUGACCCUUCUAACCAGGAAGAUUGGCGUGUUUCGUUUCGUACGGUCUAUCUAACCCCAACCCUGUCUCUUCUCUCACCCAGGUAUGGUAAUGGAGGAUGAGCGUAGUAAUAAGGAUGUCAACAACAAGCCAUCUUACUGGCUAGAUGCUUGCGAGGACAUCUCCUGCGAUCUCAUCGAUGACCUCGUCUCCGAUUUCGAUCCUUCCUCUGUCGCCGUCGCUGAGUCCAUCGUCAACAACGACUUCUUCGGUGGGAUCGAUCACAUUCUAGACACCAUCAAGAACGGUGGAGGCUUGCCAAACAACGAGGCUCCUCAGUUGAAUCCUGGCGAUGUUGUUACUAAGGAGAAUGGUUUGCAAAAGAGCGGCGUUAAGAGAGAGGAUGCGUCGAAAGAGGAAGGAGACAAGAACAGGAAGAGAGCUAGAGUUUGUAGUUACCAGAGCGAGAAGAAUAGGAAACGGACUCGAGGCUACGAGGAGGCUGGUGCUCAUAACAAGAGAAGAGAUGGUUACAAUUACAGAAGAGACGGUAGAGAUAAUAGAGAAGGUAGAGGCUAUUGGGAGAGGGACAAAGUCGGUUCGAACGAGCUUGUUUAUCGGUCUGGUACUUGGGAAGCUGAUCACGAAAGAGAUGUUAAGAAAGAGAGCCGUAGAAGCCACCGAGAAGAGGCAGAGGAGGAUAAUAAGAAGAGUAAGCCUGAAGAGCAACGCAAAGAGAAAGUUGUGGAAGAGCAAGCGAGGCGGUACCAGUUGGAUGUGCUUGAACAAGCUAAAGCGAAGAACACAAUCGCUUUCCUUGAGACCGGUGCGGGGAAGACACUUAUAGCCAUUCUUCUGAUCAAAAGUGUUCAUAAGGAUCUAAUGAGCCAGAACAGAAAAAUGCUCUCUGUCUUCUUGGUUCCUAAAGUGCCUUUGGUUUAUCAGCAAGCGGAGGUGAUACGUAAUCAAACUUGUUUUCAAGUCGGGCACUACUGUGGUGAGAUGGGACAAGACUUCUGGGAUGCUAGAAGGUGGCAGCGAGAGUUUGAGUCUAAGCAGGUUCUUGUAAUGACGGCACAGAUUCUGCUGAAUAUACUGAGGCAUAGCAUUAUCAGAAUGGAAUCGAUUAAUCUACUGAUCCUCGACGAGUGCCACCACGCUGUCAAGAAACAUCCUUACUCACUGGUGAUGUCAGAGUUCUACCACACAACGUCUAAGGAUAAGAGACCUGCCAUCUUUGGCAUGACUGCUUCUCCUGUUAAUCUAAAAGGUGUUUCAAGCCAAGUUGAUUGUGCUAUAAAAAUACGAAAUCUCAAAUGCAGGAUACUAUUUCCAAAUUCCGAGAUGGUCAAGUGACACUGUUAGUGGCCACAAGCGUUGCUGAGGAAGGUCUUGAUAUCAGGCAAUGUAACGUUGUUAUGCGUUUUGACCUUGCAAAGACGGUGCUGGCAUACAUUCAGUCUCGUGGUAGGGCAAGAAAGCCUGGUUCAGACUACAUACUCAUGGUUGAGAGGGAAAAUGUAUCUCACGCAGCAUUUUUAAGGAAUGCUAGGAACAGUGAGGAGACACUGCGGAAAGAAGCAAUAGAAAGGACUGAUCUGAGUCACCUCAAAGAUACAUCGAGGCUAAUCUCCAUUGACGCUGUCCCUGGUACAGUUUAUAAGGUGGAGACAACUGGUGCCAUGGUCAGCCUGAACUCCGCGGUUGGUCUCAUACAUUUCUACUGCUCUCAGCUUCCCGGUGACAGGUAUGCGAUUCUUCGUCCUGAGUUCAGCAUGGAGAAACAUGAAAAGCCUGGGGGACACACCGAGUAUUCAUGCAGGCUUCAGCUCCCUUGCAACGCUCCAUUUGAAAUACUCGAGGGUCCUCUUUGUAGUUCAAUGCGCCUUGCACAACAGGCUGUAUGUCUAGCUGGUUGCAAGAAACUGCACGAGAUGGGUGCAUUUACGGAUAUGCUGUUACCGGACAAGGGAAGUGGUCAAGACGCUGAGAAGGCUGACCAGGAUGAAGAAGGUGAACCCGUUCCUGGAACUGCUAGACACAGAGAGUUCUAUCCAGAAGGUGUAGCAGAUGUUCUUAAGGGAGAUUGGAUUUUAUCAGGAAAGGAAGAUUGUGAGAGCUCAAAGCUAUUCCAUCUAUACAUGUACAGUGUUAGAUGUGAAGAUUCUGGGUCUUCAAAAGACCCAUUCUUAACCGAAGUUUCAGAGUUCGCGGUUCUUUUUGGCAAUGAGCUGGAUGCAGAGGUAUUAUCGAUGUCUAUGGAUCUUUAUGUUGCUCGAGCCAUGAUCACCAAAGCAUCUCUUGUUUUCAAGGGAUCACUUGAUAUUACAGAAAGCCAGCUAUCAUCUAUUAAAAAGUUUCAUGUGAGGUUGAUGAGUAUAGUCUUAGAUGUUGAUGUCGAGCCCUCCACAACACCAUGGGAUCCCGCAAAGGCCUACUUGUUCGUCCCCGUGACUGACAACACGAAAGGGAUCAACUGGGAACUAAUUGAAAAGAUAACUGAGACCACCGUGUGGGACAACCCGCUUCAGAGAGCUCGUCCGGACGUGUACCUUGGGACUAACGAGAGAACUCUUGGUGGGGACAGGAGGGAGUAUGGGUUUGGUAAACUUCGUAACAACAUUGGACUGGGGCAGCAGAAAUCUCACCCGACUUAUGGUAUUAGAGGAGCAGUUGCAUCUUUUGAUGUCGUGAGAGCUUCUGGAUUGUUACCUGUGAGAGAGGAAGUAAGAAGUGAUGUAUCGCAAGGGAAACUGAUGAUGGCAGAUGGGUGCAUGGUUGCAGAUAAUCUAAUAGGGAAAAUAGUGACGGCCGCACAUUCAGGGAAGCGGUUUUAUGUGGACUCUAUAUGCUACGAUAUGAGUGCAGAAACAUCAUUCCCGAGGAAAGAGGGGUAUCUUGGUCCUUUGGAAUACAACACUUACGCUGACUACUAUAAGCAAAAGUAUGGAGUUGAUUUAAACUGUAAGCAACAACCUUUGAUCAAAGGACGAGGUGUUUCGUAUUGCAAGAACCUUCUUUCUCCUCGGUUUGAACAGUCAGGUGAAUCUGAGACGAUACUUGAUAAAACAUAUUACGUGUUUCUUCCACCUGAGCUGUGCGUUGUGCAUCCGCUUUCGGGUUCACUUGUCCGAGGUGCUCAGAGGUUGCCCUCUAUAAUGAGAAGAGUUGAGAGCAUGUUGCUCGCUGUUCAACUUAAAAACUUGAUUAGUUAUCCUAUUCCAACUUCAAAGAUUCUGGAAGCCUUGACUGCAGCCUCGUGCCAGGAGACAUUCUGCUACGAGAGAGCCGAACUUUUAGGAGACGCGUAUCUGAAAUGGAUCGUUAGUCGUUUUCUGUUUCUCAAGUACCCGCAGAAGCACGAGGGCCAGCUCACAAGGAUGAGACAGCAGAUGGUCAGCAACAUGGUUCUUUACCAGUACGCUCUUCUCAAAGGGCUCCAGUCAUACAUCCAGGCGGAUCGUUUCGCCCCUUCUAGAUGGUCUGCUCCCGGAGUGCCUCCCGUUUACGACGAGGACACGAAAGACGGAGGAGGAGGAUCUUCCUUCUUCGACGAAGAGCAGAAACAAGCCUCCUCCGAGGACGUGUUUGAAGAUGGGGAGAUGGAGGAUGGCGAGCUAGAGGGUGACUUGAGCUCUUACCGAGUCCUAUCUAGCAAGACGUUGGCUGAUGUUGUUGAAGCUUUGAUCGGUGUUUACUACGUGGAAGGAGGUAAAGCUGCUGCGAACCAUUUGAUGAAAUGGAUUGGGAUCCACGUGGAGGAUGAUCCCGAAGAAACCGAAGGGACCGUGAAACCUGUUAGUGUUCCGGAGAGCGUGCUCAAGAGCAUAGACUUUGUUGGUUUAGAGAGAGCUUUGAAGUACGAGUUUACGGAGAAAGGUCUUCUUGUGGAAGCUAUCACGCAUGCUUCGAGACCGUCUUCGGGUGUUUCGUGUUACCAGAGGUUGGAGUUUGUUGGGGACGCGGUGUUGGAUCAUCUUAUUACAAGACACUUGUUUUUCACGUACACGAGCCUUCCUCCUGGUCGGUUAACUGAUCUUCGAGCUGCUGCGGUUAAUAAUGAGAAUUUCGCUCGUGUUGCGGUUAAACAUAAGCUCCACUUGUACCUUCGUCACGGCUCUAGCGCUCUCGAGAAACAGAUUAGAGAGUUUGUGAAGGAAGUCCUAACCGAGUCUUCUAAACCGGGGUUUAACUCGUUCGGUUUGGGAGAUUGUAAAGCGCCAAAGGUUCUUGGAGAUAUAGUUGAAUCCAUUGCAGGUGCUAUUUUUCUUGAUAGUGGAAGAGACACAAGUGCUGCUUGGAAGGUUUUUCAACCUUUGCUACAACCAAUGGUGACACCAGAGACACUUCCGAUGCAUCCGGUGCGAGAGCUGCAAGAGCGUUGCCAGCAACAAGCAGAAGGGUUAGAGUACAAAGCGAGCCGGAGUGGUAACACAGCGACUGUGGAAGUUUUCAUCGACGGUGUUCAAGUGGGAGUGGCGCAGAAUCCUCAGAAGAAAAUGGCUCAGAAGCUAGCGGCAAGGAACGCGCUGGCAGCUUUGAAAGAGAAAGAGAUAGCUGAGUCAAAAGAGAAGGCGGCAAACGGGAAUGCAGGAGACGAGAGUGAGAAUGGGAACAAGAAGAAUGGGAAUCAGACGUUUACGAGACAGACGUUGAAUGAUAUUUGCUUGAGGAAGAAUUGGCCAAUGCCUUCUUACAGAUGUGUGAAGGAAGGAGGACCGGCGCAUGCAAAGAGGUUUACAUUUGGGGUAAGAGUGAAUACAAGCGAUAGAGGAUGGACUGAUGAAUGUAUUGGAGAGCCCAUGCCUAGUGUUAAGAAGGCUAAAGAUUCUGCUGCUUCUCUUCUUCUUGAGCUUCUUAAUAAAACUUAUUCUUGAUUUCUUAGUUAAACUAUUGGUGAAUUUGGUCACUUGUUGUAUGAUGUGUUGUUGUCCAAACUUUUUUUUUGUCAACAUGUGUUGUCUAAACUUAAUCUUUAUUAUGUUGUGUUAAAAGCUUAAACAAAUGGGAUGUGUAGUGCCCUUUAACUAUAUGGGUCAAAUCUUUGUUUCACUUAAAAUUUUAUUACUUGUGUGAUUUUAAGGAAAAAAA